UCUGUGAUUCAACAUGGGCGACCAAUCAGCUGACAUUUCUGAAGGCAUAUUUUUCCAUGGUGUAAUUAUCUAAAUUGGGUAAAUUAUUACAUAAAACCCGUUCCGAGACAGUUUUCAGUGAUAAAUUCGUUAUUCAAGUGAAUAAUUAAUCAUCAUCUGUUAUGGAUAUCGAGAUCAGAGUUGCAUCCUGCAUGCAGUCAAGGAAAUCAGAAUAAAAAAACCAUGGAAGAACCUAUAAGUGUAACCAUAGAAAAUCAUUUGGACACAAAUAAAAUCACUUAGUUUCAAACUAAAUUAAAAAAUAACAAAACUAAAAUUAAAAAACUAAAACAUAGCAAAAGCAACCAGGGAUCUAGUCUCUAUAGAGCAAUAUAAAUAAAAAGAUAAUAGUGCAAUUAAAAUAUAUUAAUAAUAUUAUAAAUAAAAUAGAAAAAGAUUAAAUUAUAUUUAUUAAUUUUUAUUUUGUAUAGAUUUUUUUUUCGCUGUUCAUGUUUAAAUGUUGUUGUUGGUAAAGAAGUAAUUAUUAAAAAAAAAAGUAUAGUUGCUAGUGACUUUUGAAUGUAGUUGACAGAUAAUUCCAUUCUAUUUUUAAAUAAUUUAAAAAGAAUAGUUUGACUAUUACUAAUGGUUACCAAAGAGUUUAUAUAUAGAGUAUAAAUAGCUUAUGAGUCGGGGUGGUAGAAGGGGUGUGAAUGCAAUUUGACCAUAGAGAAAUUAGACAAUAUAACAUGGCCGCCACGAUGGUUGAGUCGCCCCCUCCUCAGUUGAUUACGACUAUAGAAUGGAGUAUGAUGGAUAAAACCAAGUUUUUUCCAUUAUAUACCUUGAGCAGUUUUACAGUAAGAUGCGCACUAUACCCGUUAACUCUAAUCAAAACACAGAUUCAAGUGCAAAGAAAAAAGGAGGCUUACAGCGGUGUCGCUGAUGCUAUAUCUAAGAUAUAUAAAAACGAAGGCGUACCUGGACUUUAUCGAGGGUUCUGGCUGUCUAGUUUUCAGAUAAUCUCAGGAAUUUUCUACAUAACUACGUAUGAAGGUGUGCGGUAUGAACUCGGGAAAUAUGAUGUCAGUCCUAAAGUGAAGUCGUUUAUAGGCGGUGGUUGUGCGUCGAUAGUGGGACAGACCAUUAUAGUACCGUUUGACGUGCUCAGCCAACAUCUCAUGGUGUUGGGGCUCGUGAAAGGAAGAGGCAAUAUUAGGAAUCCACAAAUGAACCCUCUUGGCCUAGAUUUAGAGAAGCGUAUGUCUAAGGCAGCUCUGGCCAAGGAGGUGGCAGUGAGAGUGUAUCAGUUGCAUGGACCGCUAGGAUACUACCGCGGGUACACAGCUUCACUCGCCGCUUAUGUACCUAAUUCUGCGCUGUGGUGGGCGCUGUAUACUGCUUAUCAAGAUGAGCUCCUAAAAAUAGCUCCGUCGUGGGUAUCGACGCUGCUCAUUCAGUGCGCAGCUGGUACAUUAGGCGGCUUCACUACAACCUUCCUAACGAAUCCAUUGGAUAUAGUGCGCGCUAGGCUACAGGUCGAAGGAGUAGGCACAAUGAGGCAAAUAUUCAGAACACUAUGGGCAGAGGAAGGUCUAGUAGGACUGUACUUCAAAGGCCUGUCAGCUCGACUACUGCAGUCUGCCUGCUUCUCAUUCAGCAUCAUCCUCGGCUACGAGAGCAUCAAGAGAGUCGCGCUCAGCGACGAGUUCAAGCCCAGAGUGCGUUGGUGACGAUAAUAAAUAUCUUACGUAUA